GGGUUCUCAGUGGGGAUUCAAGGGCGACAACGCUUAUGUGCCUCUCAAGACUCACUCUCUCUCUCCGCUUUCACGGAUUGUGCGUCAGUCAGUCAUCAUCUUCCUCUCUCUUGGCCUCCUUGGCUUCGGCUUCGGCUCUGACUUCUAGGGUUUGGUUGCGGCCCGUCUGUCCCGUCUCUUGUUGUCGUUGCUGUGUGAAUCACACCUCCUCCCCUGCUGCGCCCUCUUGCGCGCGGUGAAUAUAGGAGUGGCGGUGAAAUCAUGGAGUUCGAUGAGUACGACUACCUGGAGAAGAUGACGGAGGGCGGGGAUGUCAAGGUGAACAACCAUGAGGGGGGCAAUGGGCACGAUCGAGACGGUAGGGAUCGACGAAAGUCUAGUUAUAAGCGUCGCAGUGGCGAUAACGAUACGCACGACCACCAGAGCAAGCGUACUCGCGCAGAGGAUGAGGAGCGUGAGCGCGGCGACCGAGUGGACAAGGACCGGGAGAAAGAGAGAGGCGUGGAGAAGUCGGAGCGCGAUCGGUCGAGGAGUGCACGGGACGGCGGUCACGGCUCGCCUGGUCGGACGCGGGAACGAGGGUCUGAGAAAGAGAAUGAGAAGGAACGGAGUAGCAGGAGCAGCAGGUCGGACAAGGGAAGAGACAAAAGCGACAGAGGUGAUGGUGAGCGCGCGGAGAAGGAGUCCAGGCGUGAAGGCAGAGAGUCGAGUGUCAAGAAGUCUUCUGAUAAGGGGAGGUCACGCGAGAAGGAGCGGGAAAGAGAGAAGGACAGGGAGAGAGACAGGUCUCGUGACCGGCAUCGCAGCAGGGAAAAGGACCGCGAGAGGGAGCGUGAGAAGGAGCGAGAAAAGGAGCGGGAGAGGGAGAAGGAAAAGGAGAAGGAGAGGGAACGAGAGAAGGAGCGCGAAAGAGAGCACCGGAAACGGUCUAGGGAGCUCAAGGAUCGCAAGGAAGAGAUUGUGGCGAAUGAACCUGAGGCUGACCCUGAGCGGGAUCAAAGAACAGUUUUUGCAUAUCAGAUUUCAUUGAAAGCGGAUGAGCGGGAUGUGUACGAUUUUUUCUCUCGGGCUGGAAAGGUGCGGGAUGUCCGGCUUAUCAUGGACCGGAAUUCGAGGCGCUCCAAAGGAGUUGGGUAUAUUGAGUUCUAUGAUGCCAUGUCAGUGCCAAUGGCUAUUGCUUUGUCAGGUCAAUUAUUAUUGAAUCAGCCGGUCAUGGUAAAACCCUCUGAAGCUGAAAAGAAUCUCGUACAAUCUACAACUGCGGUUCCAGGAGUUACUGGUGGCUUCAUCGGUCCUUACUCAGGAGGCGCUCGUCGUCUUUAUGUCGGAAAUCUUCACUUCAAUAUGACUGAGGAUCAGCUUCGUCAGGUUUUCGAGCCUUUUGGGCCAGUUGAACUCGUGCAGCUACCCUCUGAUAUUGAAACCGGACAGAGUAAAGGAUAUGGAUUUGUGCAAUAUGCAAGGUUGGAAGACGCUCGUGCAGCGCAACAGAAUCUCAAUGGACUGGAGCUUGCAGGACGUCCAAUUAAGGUAUCAGCCGUCUCAGACCAGAUUGGCAUGGAAGACAUGGGGGUUCAUCCUGGCGAACUUGAUGAUGAUGAAGGAGGUGGUCUGUCGUUGAAUGCUCGUUCGAGAGCCCUUCUCAUGCAGAAGCUGGAUCGGAGCGGAAGUGGAACAAGCAAUACUGGUGCUACCUUGCCUGCCGCCCCAGUGCCAGCACUUGGUCUUCUUGGAACAGCUGUGCCUACUGGUGUAACUCCUUUGGUGAGACCCCCUUUCUUCGUUCAGAACCCUCUGGUCCUAGCAGGAGCCGCUACUGGAUUGGGGGCUGCUGCCCUUGGUACACCUGGCCUCGUGAUGCCUCCGGUAGUUGGUGCAGUUGACGCAAUUGGACAGCCAAGUGAAUAUCUGCUGCUCAAGAACAUGUUUGACCCGAGUACUGAGUCUGAUCCGGAGUUCGACUUGGAUAUUAAGGAGGAUGUACAAGACGAGUGCUCAAAGUUCGGUGCUGUCAAACAUAUCUUUGUUGAUAAGAAUAGUGCAGGUCAUGUUUACCUGUGCUUUGAAUCAACACCCGCGGCCAUGGCAGCUCAACGGGCUUUGCAUGGGCGUUGGUUUGCGGGUAAAAUGAUUACUGCAACGUACAUGAGUGCGCUCGCAUACCAAACGAAGUUUCCAGAUUGCAGAUAGAUGAGCAUCUGCUUACUCGAUUUUGACUAGCUUUGGGGAUGCUGAAACCACUCUCUCUUGCAUUACAUGUGUGGGAUUCCGAGUUCUUUGCUGGUUCUGCGCCAGAAAUGGGCCCGAAUAGAAAUGUAUUUGAUGUCUGUCGCCAACCUUUCAAAUACACAAGUUUCACAGUUAUUUUGAUUAUCGUGCUUGCACUUGUUUCUUGCUUAAGUUUUCCUUCCAAUCUGAUUAAUUCUGGAUCGCAUAGGUCAUGGGGAUAAGGAAUUUGGACAGUACGACGAGCUGCAGAUUUUUUCGAAAAUGUAAUGCAAAAGAGAAGACUUCCAGCGAGAACUAAAACUGCUUUUUUCUGCAUUGAGGAUGCAGUGUAAUUUCGGUGCAUUAUAGAUGUAUUUUUCCCCCCCUUUUAACUA